UGUAUAUAUCUGCAUCUUGUUAUCCACACACACUACACACUACACACACACUCUAUCCAUCCGUGUAAGAAUGUCCGACGUGGAAAGCCGCGUAAAUGUGCAUUCAAAACUAACGGUGGUAUCCAGCGAGCCAGUCGGGCCGGGUAAGACGCACCGUUUCUCGGCACUGGAUCACGCCAUGGGUCAGCACACGCUCCACAUCAUUUUCUACUACCGGAACAACCCAUUUGACAAGAGGUUGAUCAACAGGAUUCGGGGCUCGCUCGCGGAUCUCCUUUGCCUGUACCCGCCGGUGACGGGUCGGUUGUUCCGAGGAGAGGAUGGUAACUGGGCGGUGAAGUGCAACGAUGCUGGCGUUAGGACACUCAGGGCCAGUGUGGGGACCACGCUCGAUGAAUGGCUGAGAUCGGCUGAUGGGUCUGAGGAGAGGGAUCUGACGGUGUGGAAGGAUGAUAUGCCCGAUGACCCGGAUAUAUGGUCACCCUUCAGAAUCCAGAUAAAUGAUUUUGAAGAAGGUGGCCUUGCCAUUGGACUGAGUUGCACUCACUUGCAUGCCGAUCCAACAUCUGCAGCCCUAUUUUUCAAAUCCUGGACAGAUCUUAACCGAGCCGAACCCCUCGCGCAUCCUCCAGUACUCAUCCAUCCACCUGCACUCCAAGCUCAACCCUCUUCCACCACGAACACAGAAUCAAAGACAUACUAUGCAACAAAGCCUGAUUUAGAAGUAUCUCCGCGCUCCACAAAGAUGGCCACGGCCACCUUUAGGUUUUCAAACUCAACCAUCAAGCAAUGCCUAGCUGAAGUCCAUGACUAUUGCCCUAACGCUACGCCAUUCGACUUGCUAGCUGCACUGUUUUGGAUGCGCGUUGCGCGGUUAAAUGUGACCAAAAAUGAUGGCAGGCAUGCCCUUUCCUUUUCAACGGACUUCCGAGGACUCAUGAAUGCGCCAAUCCCAUUAGGAUUUUUCGGAAAUGCCGUACAUUUUUCACUAUUAACAUUGGAUGCUGAAACAUUGGGACGUGGUGUGUUAGGACAAGUGACAGAGAUAGUGCAUCGUCACGUUGUAGGUCUCGAGGAAGAGGAGUUUCGAUCUGUUAUAGAUUGGCUUGAAUCACGAAAGGGGGAGACGGGGGAAUAUCCGCCACCCUUCAAGAUGUACGGUCCUGAAUUGACAUGCAUCAACACCGAACAUAUGAUCAUACCAUCCGAGCUAGAAGAAGAGAACGCUUACCGAUCUUUGUUGUACGAGGCGAAGUUUGAGGCACACGAGAAGCCUGUUCAUGUGUCCUAUCAUGUUGGGAAUGUGGAGGGUGAAGGGUUGAUUGUGGUGUUGCCUUCGCCUGAAGAGGGGCUUGCAAGGACUGUGAUGGUGACAUUGCCAGAGGACCAGAUUGCUACACUAUGUGAGGAUCAAGCAAUACUUGCUUUGGAGCCAACUAUGCUCUUGGAUGGCAGAAAAUAAUAAUGCAUUUGUUACCAAAAUAUUCAAUUUGCCACUGGUGGAAAUAAUUAUUUUUAGUCUGUUAAUUUAUCUGAUUUAGAGCAACUUUCCACUGCUUUGAAUUUGUUUAUGUAUUGGGUGGGCUUGUUGUUAUUGGGUUGGGCCACUAGUGGCUUGGGUUGUAGUAGUUUGGCAACAGGCUUGUGUUUAUGUGGGCCAAAUUUACCAUUGGGCCGUUUUGCCAGGUGCAUUCCUUUUCAUCAAUAAA